AUGGCUGACUUGGAAACCUGCCACAGAAGUACAGUUGUAGAGUCAGUCUCCUGCAACGUUACAGGACUGGCAAGCUUCUAUUCCCCUCAUGGAACGGCAGAAACCAACACCCCCAGGGAUCAACAAUAUGAAAGAAAUGCGGAACAGACCCAAGAGCGCAGCCAGGAGUUUCUCCAGUACCCUCCCGAACAGUCUAGGGAGGUGCUUCAUGACGGUUUCGUUGACAGCCACCAACCUUACAGUGAGCCUAUAAUGGAAAGCACGUGCGUGGCCUCGAAGGGGGAAAUAGCUCAAGGUGCUGCCACUUUAAGCAGCGCGGUUGCUGAUGUACGACAACACGGAGGAGAAGGGUCAACUUGUUGGCAUCGGGGCAAGAUUGUCAGUGGAGCCAGCAGCGAGGUCUUGAGAAACUCCUCUGUUCCUCCAGAAUAUCGCCGGAGAGCGAGCCUGAACGACACUACGCCGAUCCUUGGGAAUAGGGCAUACGAAAGGGUAUCCCCCAGUCGGUUAUUUUCCAUGCACCACCCUCCUCGAGACGUGCAGGUCCGUUCUGAAUCAGCAGGCCAGCACAGUAGAGUGGUUCAACAGCAGAUGCUACCGCAGGAAGAGGUAUCUCCGUCGAAGCCGCCAGUUCACAGUUCGCUAAAUGUUUCUCGGUGCCUUCACAGUCACAGGGAAUGGGCAUCUGAAGGUCAGUGCUGGCCCCAUCAAGGUCAAGCAACUGCGCCAGUUGCCAGGUUGUCGGCGGAGACAAACCCGGCGGAACUGACGGCAGUUCAUGGUGUCAGGAUUCGCCCAAGUAGCCCUUGCAGAGCCAACGAAAAUUCAGCAGCGGCCAAAGACAUGGUAAUAAGUGCCCUUUGUGAUCAAAUUAAGCAUCAGCAAUGGAAGCUCAGGGUUCAGGAAAAUCGUUUGCACAACCAGGAACAACGGCUCCAUGAGCUAGAGGCCUUUAUGAGCUCUUUCCAAGCUCAGCAAGAAUGGAAACAACGCCACCAACAACACCAUAUGUGCCACUUGCUCUCGAGAUCACGAGGAUGUCACCCUUUUCCGAGUGUAGACGUCCUCAACGAUCUAGCGUCGAGUUCAUCCGGCGUUCCACGGGUCACUGCCACCAACGCACAAUUCAUUGGUAUCGAGUAG